AAAGCAAACAUCCUGCAAUUCCCUUAUCUGUAACCUCUCCCACUGUCCUCCCUCUCUCACUCUCCCAACCUCUCACCCCAACACCUUUUCUCCCUGCCCAACCAUCCCUCUCAGGGUGACAAUCCUAUCCCUCUACCUAGCAGCCACCGCCACCACCACACACCCCGCAGCGUUACUAGCAGCAGCGCUGCGCAUGCGAAGGGGCGGUCUGGAGUGGGACAGAGCAGCAGCCGAUGCAGCAGAGGUGGUGCGGAGACUAAGGGCUGGGGAGCCUCUACUACCGAGAGCCCUACGCUGUGUGCUGCAGAUGACCCAUCCAGGGGAGCUCUCACGCCACGCACACGCACAGCUCGGCAUCUCUCUCCCCGAGCCUGUGCUAGUAACGCGAGCCAGCACCUGUGAAACAGCACAGCUGCUGUACCGCUCUAUGUCCGGCCGCCAGGUGAAGGACCCCCUCUCCCUCGAAUACCUUCUCACCACCACAGGGCUUGCCGCUGAGGGUGAGGAUGAGGACGAGGGGGACGUGAGGGGUCUGGGGCGGAAUAAGCAGGCGGGUGGGCGGCACAAGGAGCAGCAGAGGCGGCGGGAUGACUGGGGGUCAGGGCAGGUUUCAGCAGAGGUGCUGGAUGAGGCGGAGAUGUUAGUUUCAUGGGUGGUUAUCAAUUCAGUGCCCUCGAUUGUUUAG